GCAACUUAUGUCUUUUUCCCUAGAGGGGACCGCGGCCCACGCUGACGUUGGGCAUCUGACGUACACCACCAACGUCGACUUUGGUUUUCUUCACCCUCAAGGAUGGUUAGCUUAACCCUAAUCGACUUAGCUGCUAUAAAAGCUGGGCACCAAAGUGCAAAGGCACAGGCUAAAAAAUUGUGAUCAAAAUCAGAAGACAUGGAUAGCGAAAACGUUGAUGGCGUUGCUCACGAUUUGGUUUCGCUUCUCACAAGAGAGGAUCGGGACUUUCUUGUCCGCAACAAUGGCCACCAGGUUAAAGUUGAGAGUUUGAAGGGGAAGAAAAUUUGGCUAUAUUUUUCAGCAUCAUGGUGUGGGCCAUGUCGGCGGUUCACCCCUAAAUUAGUUGAGGCCUACAAUGAACUCUCCUCCAACGAUGAUUUUGAAAUCAUCUUUGUUUCAGGUGAUAAUGAUGAUGAGUCGUUCAAUGGAUAUUUCUCCAAGAUGCCUUGGCUCGCAAUCCCAUUUUCUGAUUCAGAUGCACGAGAUCAGUUGAAUGAACUGUUCAAGGUGAUGGGGAUUCCAAACCUUGUGAUGCUUGAUGAAUCUGGCAAGGUUUUGAGCGAAGAUGGGGUUGAUAUCAUACAAGAGUAUGGAGUGGAAGCUUAUCCUUUCACUCCUGAAAAGAUCAAAGAAAUGAAAGAGAAGGAAGAAACAGCCAGGAAGGAACAAUCCUUGAGAUCCAUCUUAGUCUCUCAGUCCCGUGACUAUGUAAUUUCAACUGAUGGAAAGAAGGUGCCUGUGUCUGAACUAGAAGGGAAGUUCGUUGGGCUGUUUUUCUCAUUGUCUUCCUACAAGGCAUGCCUUGAAUUUACUCCAACGCUAGUGGAUGUUUACGAGAAAUUAAGGGCAAAGGGGGAGAGCUUUGAAAUUGUCAUGAUAUCACUUGAUGAUGAGGAAGAAUCAUUCAAAAAAUAUUUUGGAAGCAUGCCUUGGCUUGCAUUGCCCUUCAGGGACAAGAGCUGUGAGAAACUAGCUCGCUACUUUGAGCUCUCAGCCCUGCCCACUUUGGUUGUUAUUGGGCCAGAUGGAAAGACUCUUCACUCCAAUGUUGCCGAGGCAAUCCAAGAACAUGGGAUUCAGGCAUACCCUUUUACCCCAGAGAAGUUUGCAGAGCUUGAGGAGAUUGAGAAGGCAAAACGGGAAGCACAGACACUGGAGUCAAUUUUGGUUUCAGGGGACAGAGACUUUGUGAUAGGGAAAGAUGGAGUCAAGAUUCCCGUGUCUGAUCUAGUGGGGAAGAACAUCCUCCUAUAUUUCUCAGCACAUUGGUGCCCCCCAUGCCGUGCUUUUCUACCAAAACUUAUUGAAGCAUACCAGAAGAUUAAGACAAAGGAUGAAGCAUUCGAAGUGAUUUUCAUCUCUAGUGACAAGGACCAGACCUCCUUCGAUGAAUUCUUUUCAGGUAUGCCAUGGCUGGCACUUCCGUUUGGGGAUAAAAGGAAGGCCUCCCUGAGUCGCACGUUCAAGGUCCAUGGCAUCCCCUCGCUCAUAGCCAUUGGGCCAACUGGCCGGACUGUCACAACAGAAGCCAGAAAUCUUGUUAUGAUUCAUGGGGCUGAUGCUUAUCCUUUCACUGAAGAACAUAUAAAGGAGAUCGAGGCGCAGUAUGAGGAGAUGGCAAAGGGGUGGCCUGAGAAGAUGAAACAUGCCCUUCAUGAAGAGCAUGAGCUUGUGCUCACUAAGCGUCGCGUUUAUGGAUGUAAUGGGUGUGAGAAGCAGGGACACUUGUGGUCAUUCUAUUGUGAAGAAUGUGAUUUCGAUCUCCACCCCAAGUGCGCACUGGAAGAAGACAAAGGAACCAAAGACGAUGAGAUGGAGAAGGCAAGUCCCGGAGAAGGAUGGAAAUGUGAUGGGGAGGUGUGUUACAAAGCUUGAGUAAAGUUAGGUCUCUCUUUAAUAAAUACUCUUGUUGAUUUUAAAUGUGUGUGGUUGGAUGACUAUGGUUUCUAGUCAUGUGUCUGCUUCACAGCGCUAUUAGCUUGGGAGGACUCCAUUAAUAAAGCCUGAAGUUUUCGUUUGGUA